AUGAUCAGCAGAAAGUACUGUUGGGUUAUUAGGAGGUACAACGACAGCCACACUUGUACCAGAGCAACCAUUUUCCAGGAUCAUUCAAAGCUGGAUUCAAAUACAAUUGCAGAAGCCAUUAAGCCGUUGGUUGAGGCUGACCCCUCUUUAAAAGUAAAAUCAGUUAUUACAGAAGUGCAGUCGAAGUUCAACUACACCGUCAGUUAUCGAAAAGCAUGGUUGGCUAAGCAAAAGUCAGUUGAGAAAAUAUUUGGAGGUUGGGAAGCAUCCUACGAAGCGUUGAUCAUAUGGUUUGAGGCCAUGUGUCAUAAGGAGCCAUCAGCUGUCGUGCAUUUUGAGACUAUGCCAGCAUAUCAAGGGGAUGACUUGGUAAGUAAUAUCCGGGUAUUGCAUCGAGUCUUUUGGAGCUAUUACCCCUGCAUUAGAGCAUUCAGACAUUGUAAGCCAGUUGUCCAGGUGGACGGGACUCACUUGUACGAAAAGUAUAAGGGUUGCUUGUUAGUGGCCGUUUCGCAGGAUGGUAACAACAAUAUCGUCCCAAUUGCAUUUGCUAUUGUCGAGGGAGAGACUUCUGAUGCGUGGCACUUUUUCCUUAAUAACCUGUGUCAACAUGUUGUGACUCGGGAUGGUGUGGAGCUUAUAUCAGACCGACAUGAGUCGAUAAAUGCAGCUGUGAAACGCAGUCACGGAGCUUGGUCACCCCUUAGAGCUUUUCACAUAUUUUGCAUCAGGUAUAUAGAGUCGAACUUUCUGAGGAAAUUCAAGGCACCGUACCUACAAAAUCUUGUCAUCAAUAUAGGUAACAAUGAUUACUUCAAAUAUGCAUUGGCAUUCGAUGGUGGUUAUCGAUGGGGUCACAUGACAACUAAUCUAGUCGAAUGCAUCAACUCAAUCUUGAAGGGUGCACGCAAUCUCCCCAUCACUGCACUUGUGAAAGCAAUAUUCUACAAACUAAAUGAGUUGUUCACACGGAAAAUAGCCGAAGCGGAGGCUCGGAUUAAUGCUGACCAUGUUAAUUACUUCGACAGGCAGAAUGAGGUCUUUGAAGUGCGUGAGAUGCCAAGUAGAGUGGAAUAUGCUGUUGACCUAUGUCAUCAAAGAUGUGACUGUGGUGAGUUCCAGGUGGACCGGAUUUUUUGCCGGCAUGUGUUUGCAUGUUGUGCAAAUCAACGACUAGAUUGGCAGGUGUAUGUGCAUGAUGUUUAUAAGAUGGACCAAAUUAGACGCGUUUAUCAGGCUAGGUUUAGGCCACUCGGGAAUCCAACUACGUGGCCUUCUUACAAUGGUCCUCGAUUCGUAUCGAACCCGUACCUGAGACGCGUUGCCAAAGGUCGGCCCAGGAUGACGCACUUCUUGAAUGAGAUGGACACACGAAUGUUACGGCGUCUGAGGCGAUGUAGGCAAUGUAGGGCUGAGGGACACAGUCGUAGUAGAUGCCGUCAGGGCGGAGGUCCUAGUGCUGAUCCUAACACGCAGUAG